CACAAGGGCCGAAACAUCAUCGUGGCUCUUGAUGGCACGGGUGACCAGUUCGAUAGCGACAACAGCAACAUCGUGCAUCUGGUCAGCUGUCUCAAGAAAUCCGAUCCCUCGCAGGUCUCGUACUACCAAUCCGGAAUUGGAACAUAUGACGGAGGCGGACUUUCAAAUGGCAUGAAUGCCGCAGUAGAUAUGGCCGUGGGCAGUGGACUUGGUGUUCACAUCCGAGAUGCGUACAAGUACAUCAUGCAAACGUACCGGGAGGGCGACAAGAUCUGUCUCUUUGGAUUCUCGAGAGGAGCCUAUACCGCACGAUGCUUGGCCGGGAUGAUCCACAAAGUUGGACUUCUGCCCGCGCAUAACGUCGCCCAGGUGCCGUUCGCAUACAAAUACUACAAAGACGACAGCGAUGAGGGAUGGAAGAUGAGUGCGGACUUCAAAAAGACCUUCUCCAUCAAUGUCAACGUCUACUUUGUCGGCGUCUUCGACAGCGUGGCCAGUGUGGGUUUCAUCCCGAGAAAACUGCCGCUGAGCAGCACGCCGACGAAUGCAGCUGUCUACUUCCGCCACGCCAUGGCGUUGGACGAACGACGAGCCAAAUUCAAGCCUUGCCGAUAUCGAGUGCGAGAUGGAAUCGGUUCCAAAGCAGGAUGGAAAGUCAUGGCCGAGCAGAAAGAUGCCGCGUCUGCCACCGACGUUCACGAAGUCUGGUUUACCGGCUGUCACGCAGACGUCGGCGGAGGCGCCGUGAAGAACGAGGUCAGACACAAACUCAGCCAAAUCCCGCUGCGAUGGAUGAUCCGCCAAUGUUUCGAGUGCAACACUGGGAUCAUCUUCAAAAGCCAUCGACUUGCGGAGGAGGGCAUUGACGUACAUACCCUCUGGCCACUCUAUACAAAGUUGCCAAACUCAGGCGAACUCCCUCCGCCCGACAUGGUAGACAGACACAAAAAGGGCGAACUGAAACCCAUCGAACGCCGCGCCUCCGUCCUCGAGCCGGUCGACAAGGACGAUCCCAUGGGCAUGCACCACGUGAAUCUGUACGACGACAAAGCGAAACGAACCCUCUCGCAAGACUGGAUCCCCGAACAAAUCGAAGAUUACUUCGACGCGAUUUCCGACAUCAACGAUAUGCUGAAGGUCGGGAGGAGUUGGUGGCUUCUCGAGUUCUGGCCGGUCAAAGUUCGGACUUGGAAGAAUGACAUGUGGGUUAAGAAGGUUACGGUCAAUCGCGGGAGACAUCGG